AGAACAGAAACACCACCAAACCAUGACACAAACUUACGAACGCCCGCGCGUGACCCUGCUAUAGGGCACCGUCGUCGGCGCCCGCGAGACCGGCGAGUUCCCCGGCGCGAUCGAGACGUUCAAGGGCAUCCCGUACGCCCUGCCGCCCACGGGGGAUCGGCGCUUCCGCCCACCAGUCAAGGUCCCGCCCGCCAGCCCAGACACUAUUAUCGACGCUUCGCAAUGGGGGCCCCGGGCGAACGCGAAGCAGUUCAUUAUUACGGGGCCUUUGCUGCCAGAGAGCGAGGACUGCCUGACCGCCAAUAUCUUCCGGUAGGAAUAACAAAAUCAACCUGCUGAUGAAACUGCUACCUGUGGCCAUCUAUAUGCACGGGGGCGCGUUCAACCGGGGCAACGCGGCGAUGCAUAACUCGGGGGCGAUGGUGGGCUGGGCGGCUGAGCCGUUCAUCUGCGUGUCGUUUGGGUACCGAAUCGGAGCGCUUGGGUUCCUGCCGUCGGCGCUGAGUGCGAAAGAGGGCGCGCUGAACCUGGGGCUUAAGGACCAGAUCUGCCUCAUGGAGUGGGUGCAGGAGAACAUUCACCACUUCGAAAGGACUCGGUCACCUUGUUUGGCUUGUCGGCGGGUGCAUACUCGGUG